AAAUGUCCAGGGAAAGGUGUGGAUCGCGUGAUUUUAUUUUGAAACUUUACCGGAAGUGGCAGUAUCAUAACGGCAGCAGCCACUCAGAAGGGUUGCACCCUUCCAGUGAGAUUAGGUCCGUCUCCUGCUGCCUCCUUAAACUGACUUCGCCGCCGAACAAACGGCAUUUUGGGGUUCCAGUCUCAAAGGCGGUGCCCGCGCGCUCACAUUAAUUUGUCCGUUUCUUUCCGGCGGACGUCCGUUUCUUUUUUCUCGGAUUGUGUCUUUUAAACAGAACCCCAGCGCAUUCGGAGCUGCGUGUUUGUGCAUCAGGCUUCUGCUUCUUCCUCUUCUUCUUCUUCUCUCUGGGCGGAUAAAAGCGGAGGAGGACAUUCGGGCCUGGAAUCACCGCAGGGUUCCCUCCAAGCGACGGAAUUCACCGUUUUCAGGCCGUCACUGCUGUGUUAUGGAGAAGAUGAAGAGGAUAAAGAAGCGCCUGUCGUUAACGCUCCGCCCCAGCCAGACCAUCGACGAGUCUCUGUCCGAACUGGCAGAACAGAUGACCAUGGAGGACGGAGGCACCAAGGACAACGAGCCUUUCAUGAGGAACGGCCGCCCGCCCACCUCCCACAGCAUGCACUCCUUUCUGCACCAGUACACCGGCUCCUUCAAGAAGCCGCCCCUGCGCCGGCCGCACAGCGUCAUCGGCGGCACCCUCGGCUCCUUCAUGGCCAUGCCGCGCAACGGCAGCCGUCUAGACAUCGUUCAUGAGAACCUGAAGAUGGGCUCCGACGGCGAGAGCGACCAGGCGUCCGGGACGUCCUCAGACGAGGUUCAGUCUCCCACGGGCGUCUGUCUGAGGAGCCGGGUCCACCGGCGGAUCUCCAUGGAGGACCUGAACAAGCGGCUGUCCCUGCCCGCCGACAUCCGAAUUCCCGACGGCUACCUGGAGAAGCUGCAGCUCAGCAGCCCCCCCUUCGACCAGCCGCUCAGCCGGCGCUCCCGCCGAGCCUCGCUGUCUGAGAUCGGCUUUGGGAAGCUAGAGACCUACAUCAAGCUGGACAAACUGGGAGAGGGAACGUACGCCACCGUGUUCAAAGGCCGCAGUAAGUUGACGGACAACCUGGUGGCGCUGAAGGAGAUCCGGCUGGAGCACGAGGAGGGGGCGCCGUGCACCGCCAUCAGAGAAGUGUCGCUGCUGAAGGACCUGAAGCACGCCAACAUCGUGACGUUACACGACAUCGUCCACACCGAGAAGAGCCUCACGCUGGUCUUCGAGUACCUGGACAAAGAUCUGAAGCAGUACAUGGACGACUGCGGGAACAUCAUGAGCAUGCACAACGUGAAGGUUUUCCUCUUCCAGAUUUUGCGAGGCCUGUCUUAUUGCCACCGGAGGAAGGUCCUCCACCGAGACCUGAAGCCGCAGAACCUCCUCAUCAACGAGAAGGGGGAGCUGAAACUGGCGGAUUUCGGUCUGGCGAGGGCCAAGUCGGUUCCCACCAAAACCUACUCCAACGAGGUGGUGACCCUCUGGUACCGCCCUCCAGACGUCCUCCUGGGAUCCUCGGAAUACUCCACGCAGAUCGAUAUGUGGGGCGUCGGUUGUAUAUUCUAUGAGAUGGCUGCAGGUCGGCCUCUGUUCCCCGGCUCCACCGUGGAGGACGAGCUUCACCUCAUUUUCCGGCUACUCGGAACGCCCACGGAGGACAAGUGGCCGGGAAUCUCCUCCAUCGAAGAGUUCAAGUCCUACAACUUCCCCAAAUACAAACCUCAGCCGCUGAUCAACCACGCCCCCAGGCUGGACGGUGACGGCAUCGAGCUGCUGCUUUCUUUCCUCAAAUACGAGUCCAAGGCCAGGAUCUCAGCCGACGAGGCCAUGAAGCAGUCCUACUUCAGGCAGCUCGGGACCAGGGUCCACGCGCUGCCCGAGAACGUGUCGAUAUUCACACUGAAGGAGGUGCAGCUGCAGAGAGACCCCGGAUACAGGAACUCCUCGUACCCAGAGUCAGCAAACAACAAGGUCAACAGAAGGCAGAGCAUGCUCUUCUGAAGGUUCCUGCGGAGGAGGGUGGAGCGGCCAGCCUCGUCACGUCCCCCGCACCGCCUGCCAUGAGCCCCACCUCCCUCUCAGAGCGACCAGCCCUCACAUGCACGCCCACACGCACACACCCGUCUGAAGACUGAGUAUUUAUUGGGUGUGUGUGUGGGGGGGGGAAGGGGGGGGGUGAAGUUGUUUGUUUGAGUUUUUCUUUUUGCUGCUAAACUACUGUCUGUAACACUUGGUGCGUGUGCAUGUACGUGCACAUGAUGUGAACUGGAGACGGCGUGCACAGUCCGUCUCAGAUCCUCCAGCUUCCUUUCAUCGCGAUUCGACUCCGGGUCGACGUUCUCCUGGUUCCGAGUUUCUGUGAAUCGACUUUCCAGGUUUAGUGGCUCGUUUUUUUUCGGGGAGGGAGGAGGGGACUUGUGGAGGUUCCCUCCUCCAGAGGUCCCCUCUUCCUUUCUCCUAAAAACAUCUCAGAUGGGCCUUGCUGCACUCAGAGGUCGCUGGAAGCUGAGCAGAUCCACCCAAACAUGCAAAUGUCUCUCUGCGGGACUUUGGCUCAAAAUGGGACCAGAACCGACGGUAUGUUGAGCAGGAGACCGCUUGGAGGGCCAGAGGAGAACGCAGUGAGGAACGUCAGAGCACCAGAAGGAGUUUGGAAGCCAGGAAGCGCUGCAUUAAACCUCUGAAAACUGCCAGGAGAAGGCGGAGCUAGAUGUUAGCUUGCUUCAGCGUUCGCACAGAGAGGAGGUCUUCGUUUGCACUCCAGCCAGUUUCCUCCUCCCUCCUUUCUUUGUGAAUCAGGGACACGGCCUUGGACCUGGCCGAGUUUACCCAAAAGUAUUAAGAUGUGAUCUUUGUGUCUGUGACCUUUGACCUCUCCUUGUGCAACAAAGGUGCCGUGUUCUUUGGAAGUGGAACCACAGGGAGGGGAAAGGGGCGGUUCUUAAAAGCAACAACGGUUGUCUUGGUUCCACUUGGUGCCGGUCUUCGACUGUAUAUGAGAGCUGGACUGAGUGGCCCCUCCCCCCUAGCGUUCUAAGCAGGAAGUACCAGCUGGCUCCAAGAAGCCAAAAUCCCAUAGACAUCUAUGGAGAAAAAAACAGCUGUGACCCAGUCUUUCUAUUGGUCAGAAGAACCGUUCCAGAUCUGAUACCUUUUACUUAACACGUUCUUGAUAAUCCUCUUUUUUUUCAUAAUCUGUCUGUAGUUUAAGCUAUUCAAGUUCCAAACUGAGCAACCAGACGCCUCAAUAAAAGGAUGCAGUUUCACAUCGAAACGUUCACCACCUUUGACAGAUUUCCACCUCGCCCGCUUUCAAGCGGUAGGGGGCGUGGCUUUCCAACAAGCUCACUCCUGAUUGGGAAAAGUGGUUGCCAUAGAAACGUUGACUCCAUCACUGUCUUACUCGUGUCGUCUGGCUCCAACGUGGCAGCGUCUAUUUUACGAUGUCACUCUCACUUGUUCCAGUUCUCCUAUACAGUCAGUGGUUCCGGUCCACGGCGCUUCAGCACUAUUGCACACAAAAAAAACAACUUCAGUCCAACUGCCGGCUGUCGAUCUCGACUGACUGAUGUUUCAACCGUUUCUGUUCUUGUGAAGUUUAUAGUUUUGCUUUGAAGCUUUCUCUGUUCAGGGUCUACAGGUCCCCCUAUAGCUUUAGUCAUACGUGAUGCAGAACAAAUGAAGACGUUUCCAUCAGCUGUCUGGAUGUUAUUUAGCUGAAUAUUCAGACAAAAGGUUGGACACAGAACCCAUACUUGAGCAGAACCGUCCUGGCCCUGUCUCAGUCUUCUCUCACUUCACUGUAAAAUAUUCUAACUUCGUCAAAGUAAACCACUUUAAAACCUUUUUUUUUAAUUAUAAAGCAUUAGCAACGGAGUUUAUAUUUUUUUGUACAUUGUCUUUUAUAUGUUUGAUCAUUUAGAAAGCCUCUGGUACGAACACUGAGGUCAUGUGACCACAUCCCAACAAUUUAAACAUAAGCUAUGGAUUCACAAAGGGUCCAUUUUUUUAUAACAGGGUCAGAUAAAGUCUUCCAAAAGGAAGAGAAUAGACAGAAUCCAGUGGAUUUCAUUUCUGUAGUAACUGGACUGGUAAGGUAAAUCUAGAAGAAUGAAGAAUCUACUGUGAUGAUCAAAAAAUGUCUUUUAGGUGAACCUUAAAAAACAAGCACAAAAUAAUUUGAUAAAAUGACCAAAAUGAAGGAAAGUUUUUAUCUAUAGAUGUAUUUUUUCAAAAUAAAAUACCACAUAGCUACACUCUUGUUGAAGUCUUCCAGAACUGACAUCAAUUUGUUGUUUUUUUGUUUUGUUUCUAAAACAUGUCCCGUGGGUCCAGCCCCUAAUAUUAGCAUGUUACUUUAGCUUCAGCUACAACAAAGAGCCCUCUGCCGCCAUCUUGUGUUCAAAGAUAUUACUGCAGAGCGAGGGGUUCAGACCCGGAGCGUCUAUGACAGCUCAAAGCAGAACUAUAAACCCAACUUUUAAACACGUGUGUCGUACUGCCGUGGUGUUUGUCUGUCAGCAGGACAAUAAAGAUUUAUUUCAGUUUCAAGAAAAGACACAGGAAAAUUGAUGCCACUCAUGCCCUCCUUUUUAUGAACGAUGGCAAUAAACUCGGCAUACACGUCAAGGUUGCUACGCAACAAUUUGUUAUCUUUGUGAUCGACAAAAUGAGUUUCUGUUUUUUCACAUCCCAGGGAAUCAACAGGGUGGCAUCAAUUUUUUUCUUCAAAUUCUCGGUACAGAAGCGCUUUCGGAUUAAUUUCCUUUCAAAACCGAAUGGUGCGUUUCAGUGGCGGUCCACAGUAAAUAGCACAACGAGACUCAACACCCACAGGUGGCAAAAGCAGAAACCGUUUCUGCCCCCGCCGUAGCAACAGUCAGCACAGCACGCAAACUUCAGGAGGAUUGCAUUGAACAUAUGUAAAAAUGGACGUUUUAGAGGUUUCCCCAUCAAGUGGAAAUUUCAAAGGCAUCAUCUUUUUGGCUUCAAGCUUUGAGUUCUCUGUUCUAACUUACUGAUUUAGUUUUUAAAAGGUGCUGAAGCACUAGCGAAGCUCAAUGAGCUAAUGCUCGAGACCAUGGAUGUUAGCGUAAAACACAGUUUGCAGCUUCUAACGUUUUGAUCUUCAUUUCUUGUGUUGCUAGCAAAACGUUUUCUGCUUUUCGAGGGGAUUUAACGUCUUAAUGACCCCCAUUUUGGUAACAACAGAUGGAACAUUGUAAACAGGAACAUUCAUUAUAUUAAUGGUAGAUGCCUGUUGUCCUGCAAGUUGCUUCUUGGCCGUUUUAAAUAAGUCUGUUUCCAUCCUGCUGAUUUCCCAUUUGCUUGAACAUUUCAAGAGUUUCCACCUUAAACGGGGAUUAUCUGACUGUAAACUUCAAACUGUGUUUCCGAUACUAGAACUUUUGUUUUUGUUUUGUUUUUUACAUAAAGAGCAGCAACGUGCACGAAGAGAUUUCUAAUACAGCUUUUAUUGUUAUUAAACUGUACUUUUCAGAACCAUGUAUGAUGUACAACUAGAUGUGAACGUAUGUGUGCGUGCGUGGAGGUAUGCAUGUGAGCCUGAUGCACGGAAGGCCUGCUGUGUUGUGAACUCGACCUUUCUGAAACACUGAGCUGCCGGUAAACAGUUGGUGUGUGAUUCUUUUCACUGGAACUAUUUAUUUCUCAUAACCAUCAGAAGUAAAAUUUAAACUUUCAUAUA